UUCAUACGCAAACGGACGUGUUACCAAAAUAUUCGCGAACCGGUAUUAAAAUUGACACAUUUGCAAUAAUUUACGCGUAUAUUAUAUUCCGGAAUUUUCUAAUUUUCUAUUACAGUGGACCGUAUUAAAAUAGUCGUGUUACCUACAGUUAUUAUUAUUUACUAAGUGCAAGUAUUGUAAUUGUGAUAUAAGUACAUAACGUGGAGAAUGCCGUUCAUAACAUCUAAUUAGUGAAGUGAAAUGGUUUAAUGUUAGUUUGUACAACAACCGCAGUAUAAUGUCGAAGACUUUGAAUGCCUAUAGAAUAAAGAAGAUCGAAUCGUUAGGCAGGAUGACGGCGAUGACGCAGGAGGAGAUGGUGGCCGGCGCGAGAACUGUCGCAGCCGGGCUCGAAGCACUGCGUGCCGAGCACGCACAACUCCUUGCUGGACUUGCAGCCAAUACCGACCAUGAACAUGAGAAGGCGUCCCUCGUUAGGAAGAGCAUUGACGCCAUUGAACUGGGAUUGGGGGAAGCGCAGGUUAUGAUGACCUUAGCUUCCCACCUUCAGCUGGUUGAAGCGGAAAAACAGAAGCUGCGUACUCAAGUCCGCAGGCUGUGUCAGGAGAACGCUUGGCUCCGUGAUGAGCUGGCAGCGGCACAGCAGCGCCUCCAAGCUUCUGAACAACGCGUCGCUCAGCUUGAAGAGGAGAAUAAACAUCUCGACUUCAUGGCUUCCAUACGGAAAUAUGACAGUGAUGUGACUGAAGAGUCUGAGAACAGCCGCAGUGGACAGAGCGAGAACAAGCGCGAUGAUCCAAUGGUGGAUCUGUUCCCAGAUGAUGACCACGAGGACAAUAGAACAAAUAAGUCAAUGUCACCGACUCCACAGUCGCAGUUUGCCCAGCAAGUCAACGCUGGGUAUGAAAUUCCGGCACGUCUUCGUACACUUCAUAACCUGGUGAUCCAGUACGCGUCCCAGGGUCGGUACGAAGUCGCCGUACCACUUUGCAAACAAGCCCUAGAAGAUCUGGAGAAAACAUCUGGACACGAUCACCCGGAUGUCGCCACUAUGUUGAAUAUUCUCGCUCUGGUGUACAGAGAUCAAAAUAAAUACAAGGAGGCCGCGAAUCUCCUAAACGAUGCGCUGUCAAUUCGCGAGAAGACUUUGGGAGAGAACCAUCCAGCGGUUGCGGCCACACUCAAUAACCUUGCUGUGUUGUAUGGAAAACGAGGCAAAUACCGCGAGGCGGAGCCUCUGUGCAAGCGAGCGCUGUGCAUCCGUGAAGCUGUUCUGGGCCGCGACCACCCCGAUGUUGCCAAGCAACUUAACAAUCUUGCGCUGCUCUGCCAGAAUCAGAACAAAUAUGAAGAAGUGGAACAAUAUUAUCAACGUGCAUUGGAGAUUUACGAAAACAAACUCGGCGUCGACGAUCCCAACGUAGCUAAAACGAAGAACAACUUGGCGUCUUGCUAUCUCAAACAGGGCAAGUACAAAGAGGCCGAAACACUAUACAAGCAGGUUCUAACACGAGCACAUGAAAGGGAAUUUGGUACUAUCGACGGCGAUAACAAGCCAAUAUGGCAAGUGGCUGAAGAGAGAGAAGAGAAUAAACACCUUCAGAAGGAGAAUGCGCCAUAUGGGGAAUACGGCGGAUGGCAUAAAGCUGCAAAGGUCGAUUCGCCUACUGUGACCACAACACUAAAGAACCUCGGCGCACUCUACCGGCGUCAGGGCAAAUACGAAGCGGCUGAAACUUUGGAAGACUGCGCCUUGCGUAGCCGAAAGGAGGCGUUGGACAUCGUGAAGCAGUCCCGGGGACGAAGCGGACGCCAGGCCGGUCGCGAGGGACGCGAGGGGGACGUGCAGCUCGACGCUGCAGAGGGUUCAAACCAAGCGAGUGAGCCACGCAUGAACUUAAAAUCAAAGCUGUUCAAUGCUCUAGGGAUCAACACGGGGAGUAAUGCGCCGCACCAGUAAUAUUAAGAGCUAUCGUUUAGAAAUAAAUUAUAAGUUUACUCACUUGCUCUCAGCGCAAUGGUUUUGCAACAUAAAGUAUAGUAUGUUAUCACAUUUUUUUUUCAAAUAUCAUUACUUAUCAAAUGAUUUUAUAAGUAGAGUCCAUUUACAUUUAUUUGUUUAAACAACUAUAUUGAUUUUAACGUUGAAAACAUGCUUAAUUUUAUGUGGCAAACGCUUAUGAUCCCUCGGAUGUUUAGCAUGAGUGUGGAUGAGUAAGGUUUCUUUGUUAUUCUCGUUUUAUUCAUCCCAACUCGCAAACUAUCUGCUCACUAUUGUGUUGUGGGAUCUCACGUGCGUUUCGUAAUUACUGUCCGCCAUUUUGAAUUAUUGAAUUCAUGAUUUUUAACAUGUAAGUUCUAUUCUAAUUAAUUCUACAACCUAUUAUUGUAUUACUUAACAAUAAGUUUUAAAUAUUCAAAGUGGCAGGAUUUUAAUAGCUUCGUAAGUAUUAUUUAUUAGCAUGCGAUAGGGCAAUAAUGAAAAUAAAAAAAAAACAAGUGUGAUAGAGAAAGAAUGUUACUCAAGUAUGUGAGCCGUCUUGUUUUAAAUACGAUCAGUUAAGAUAUGUAUCUUGUAGACGGUGUAGUUUUAUUUUAAAAUACAA